AUGGCGGCAGCUACGCCAUUCGAUCCAUAUAGCCAAUCAUUCACUCUACAGGCGAGCGACGGGACACUCUUCAAUGUCUCCAUCCCUAAUCUCGACUAUUUCGUCAAUUACAACACUCAGAUCUGCAUCAACUAUGGUGCCCAGACAGGAGCCUCAAUCAUCCUUCUCGCCGUGCUCCUUCUCCUCACCAAGCCAGACAAGCGUGCCUCUCCCAUAUUCAUCGUCAACGUCUCAUCGCUAGCUCUGAACAUUGUACGGAAUGUUCUCCAAUGCCUGUACUUUACUGGCCCUUUUACGGAAACAUACGCUGUCUUCAGCGGGGACCACUCGCGGGUCCAUACUGGGGAUUACGCAACGUCCGUCACUGCCACAGUCUUCACCCUGCUCGUUCUGGUAUGCGUCGAGAUUUCUCUGUGUCUCCAAACACGCGUGGUAUGUGUCACAGUGCGCCAGCUCUAUCGCAAAAUAAUCUUCGCAGCCUCCGUUGUGAUCGCAUUAUUGGCUAUCGCCUUUCGACUGGCUCUUUGCAUCGAGAACUCCAUAGCCAUCGUGCAGGCGAAGGUUGAUGGGCCUCUUCAACAGUUAGCAAGUGCCACGAACAUUACAGAAUCCAUCAGCAUCUGCUGGUUCUCCGCAGUCUUCGUCACCAAACUUGCUCUCGCUCUAAACGAGAGGAGGAAGCUAGGUUUGGUUCAGUUUGGUCCGAUGCAGAUCAUCUUCAUCAUGGGAUGCCAGACUCUUGUCGUUCCAGCGCUCUUCUCAACUCUCCAAUAUGCCGUCAACAAUCCAGCUUUGUAUUCCAACGCCCUCACGUGUGUGGCGAUCUUUCUACCCCUUUCAUCACUGUGGGCUUCAGCUUCCCUCGACAGCCGAUACCAAGCAUCCAAGGAACAACACUACGGUAACAAGAUGGUCCCGAGCUCCCUGUCAGCUAGUACCGGGCGUCCAGAUGGCAGGACCAUCAACGGUCCCCUUAGCCCAACAAAUACGGAGAAUACAGGUGCUAGUGGUUCUGGUGCACACAGCCCCCAAAACAUUGGUCAGCGUCAGGCACUCAGAGAUCUUGAAGCUCAGGGCAUGGUCGAUACUGGUAACUUUGGGGUCCAAUAG